AUGACUGAAGCUCAACACCCCACCAGUAGUAAUGGAGCUGCAGUGAUCACUCCCCAUCCAUCCGCAGCUGAGAAAAACUCUCUGGCUGGAGGAUUUGGAGGGGGAGUAUCAGGCACUGUUACUGUUACUGCGGGCUCCGGGGGUCCUGCGCACUCAGGUUCCCAGUCGCCAACAACCUCAACUCCAGGGCAAAGUUCUUCGGGACGUAGUCCCAAAAAACGGCGCAAGGUCAAUCAUGCUUGUGUGUAUUGCCGAAGAUCACACAUGACAUGCGAUGAUGACCGGCCGUGUAUGCGCUGCGUGAAAAGGAAUAUAGGUCAUCUCUGUCACGACGAGCCUCGCGAACCUAAGAAACCAAAAACUGAAGCUGCCAACACUUUGGAUAACGAUCAGGAGGACUCGCACACGUCCCCUCCCAGGGUAUUGCUAGCGCCUCCGGUCGACGGCAUGCCAAACUCCCUUGACAAGCAGAAAGAAGCGAGAAUAGGAUCUUCCAGUGUUUCGCUCCCGCCUCCCCCCAUACCCUCAAGGAGUAACGCAGGGGCCUCUAUUGUUGCGCCAUCACCGGUUUCUGUGACACCCAGAUCCAAUCUGAAUGGGAAUUCUCAAGCCUUUUUGGGCUUCACCGACUGGGACCACCCUCCUCCUCAACAGCAGUCGAGCUAUACAAACCCAUAUCAUCAGCAGUGGAUGUUUUCAACACCAGAGGUUUCCAGUGAAUUCAAUUUACUGAGCGAUUUUCUCGGCAACCUUUACUCCGAGGACAUCUUUAACAACGAUCAAAGUCCAACCUUGUUCUCAGAGCCACCUCAAAGCAAUCAGCAUAAUUCAAGGGAACCUGAUGCAAGCAACGGUGGCACCACGUUCCACCCUCAACGGCUUCAACCGCCUUCGACCAGCACUAUGACGACUGUUCCCCGUUCUGCAAGCCAGAAACCCUCGACAGAAAGAGCUCGAGAAAAUUACUACCUCACCGCUGCAGACCCAUCUCAGAACAAUCCGGAAGAGCGUAUGAAACAAGUCCUCAAGGCAAAACUGGAGGCUGGCCUACUUAAGCCGUUCAACUACGUCAAGGGAUAUGCAAGGUUAUCGCAAUAUAUGGACAGAGAAAUGCUACCAACAUCUCGAAAACGUAUUUUGGGUCAAUUAAACCAAUUCAGGCCAAAAUUUCGCGAAAGGACCCACCAACUUACAGAUUUAGACCUGGUCCAUGUGGAGGAAUGGUUUGAAAAGUCAUUGCUUGAAUAUGACCGAGUUUUUGCGUCAAUGGCUGUUCCGGCGUGCCUCUGGCGGAGAACCGGAGAAAUAUUCAGAGGAAACAAAGAAUUUGCGGAAUUAAUCAAUGUUCCGAUUGAACAAAUGCGAGAUGGAAAAUUAGCAAUUUACGAGCUAGUGGUGGAAGACUCCGCAGUUAGCUACUGGGAAAAGUUUGGUAAAAUUGCGUUCGAUACGAGCCAAAAGGCCAUGUUGACGAGCUGUCACUUGCGAAACCCGGACCCGAAUGCAGAGCAGAAACUUAUUCACUGCUGUUUUUCAUUCACAAUCCGGAGGGAUAUGUACGAUAUACCGGCCUUGAUAAUAGGAAAUUUCAUGCCAAUCAAUCCUAAAAAGCUAUGA